AUGGUGUACAACAUUGACUUAAGACCAAAACGUAUAACAAAUCCAAGUCUCCUAGAUUACACCAACAUAGUUAUCGAUACGAUUAACAAAAUGCAAAAUCCGCCAAAUUGUCGCUUAGCAAGCAAAUUUGUUUGCAUAUUAAAGAUUAAAUGUGGAUUUGGGUGUACCAUGCACCACUACGCCUAUUGCCUAAUAUUAGCCCUCAAACUGAACCGGACACUUAUUAUACCCGAGACCAUCGCCAAUACGUACACAUCACACAUGAAAAUGCUUUUCCGACCCAUAAGUGACACGUGUUUGGACUCAAACGGAGACAACAGCAUCACAUGGGAAGGGAUGUCAGACCAGACACACCAUUAUUAUCAAGUGAUUGACUUUUAUUUUGGCUAUGAUUCAAAGGGAUAUCUCCAGGAUUUGAAAAAUCUCACACAAAUAAUACGUCAAUUGCAAUCCCUGUCCACUGAACCCAUUCCUCUAUUCAUUGGACAUAUAAUCCGCAAAGGAUUCAAUGGAAACACCCUAUCGUUGGCCUACAUGUGCGACGGACUGACAAACCUCCACGCAUUCAAUAACAUACGAAACAGUUAUGAAUCGAUUCGUAACUUAAUUGUCGAGAUUUUGGUGUUAAGUGAAUGCGAUUACAUUGUCUGCACCUUCAGCUCAAAUAUCUGUCGUUUGGUGUUUGAGUUACGGAUGAGUCGUAUUAACAACUCAUUAGCCUUUCAAUCAUUAGAUAGAAAAUAUUAUUAUCGUCCCUGA